CAUCUGGACGGGCCGCGGUCAGCUGUCUGCACAUCACUGGAACGUCACAUACUUUAGUUACAGUGUAUCGGGUGUCAAAACAGGCUGAAGUAACAGUGUCUGCUGAUAGCUUUGAUAUACUCACUCAUUAUGAAGUAAUGAAUGAACUCAGAAAUGGAUGCUUCUCAUCUUGAGUCUCCAUUAUUGUCCCAAGCUUCUCCUGUCCCUACAGUUCUCUCUGCAUCUGGACACGCCAUUCAUCCAAUGUCCUCCUCUUUAUCAAGACCUAGCCCCUCCCUUUCAACAGGUCGCUCACAGCUGAACGCAGCCAGUAGUUCCCAUGCUGGCUUUCCAGGACAAUCAUCAUCUUCUCCACAGGGUGAAAUCCCAGAGAAUCUGAGCAUUGACGAGCUUAAAAAGAGGGCUAAGAAUGGAGACGCCAAAGCACAGACAGAGAUUGGUAGGUAUUACCUGAGACUAGCUGAACAAGAAGACGAGGAGGUGAAUUGCGUUACCGCUGUAACAUGGCUGCUCCAGGCAGCAAAGAAUGGCAGAAAAGAUGCAGUGAAACUUCUUCAACGCUGCCUGCAUGAGAGGAGAGGUAUCACAGCUGAAAACAGAGAGGAAGUGCGUUCACUGGCAUGCGAAUCUCGUUUCGAACGCAGCGUCAGGAAAGCAGCUCUGCUCAUGUACUGGAAACUCAAUCCAGAGAGGAAGAAAAAGAUCACUGCCUCUGAACUACUGGAAAACAUGAGCCAUCUCAACACUGAGACAGAUGGCGCUCCCAUCAGCCCUCUCUCCAGCCCAGCACAAAAACAAAGGAAAGUUUUGGAGAGUCUGGUAUCAAGAGAUGGGACUGAUUACGUAGAUCUAGAGGAGUUUGUUGAGAAUGCGAAGCAAUAUGCUCAGGGUAUCUCACCAACAAUUGCCAUGGAAGGAGUUGCAUUUGAUGAUGACGAUGAUGACGAAGAGCCAGUGAAGAACCCAGACGAACUGCCUUUGCAUCAAAAGGUGUUGAAGUUUCCCCUUCAUGCUGUGUUGGAAGUGAAAGAGGUGUUGAUUGACUGGGCGUCUCAUGCAGGAAUGCAGUGGAUUAGCGCCCUUAUUCCCACACAUCACGUCAAUACGCUUAUCUUCUUCUUCAUCAUCUCCAAUCUUACCCUGGAGUUCUUUGUCCUUGUCAUUCCCCUCAUCAUAUUCUACCUUUCUUUUGUGUCGAUGGUCAUCUGUACGCUCCGAGUCUUCCAGAACGGCAAGGCUUGGGAGAACUUUCGUGCACUAACAUCCAUGCUGGCUCAUUUCGAGCCAAGCAUUGACCUCGAGCAGGCCGAGUCUAACUUCACUUGGAACCAUCUGGAGCCAUACCUAUAUUUCCUCCUCUCUAUGCUAUUUUUAAUAAUUUCAUUUCCUCUCGCAGACGAAUCCUGGCUGCCAUGUUCGGAACUGGCUACCGUUGCGUUUUUUUUCACCGUAAGCAGCUACUUAAGUUUGCGACCAGCAGCGCAGCAACACGCCAAACUCGCUCUGCUCGUGCAAGUUGCCUCUGCUAUUUGUACGCUCAUGAAUCAUUUGCUGGGUGGCUGGAUGGGUCGUAUAGUGGGUGGUUCUUGGUUUAGCAUACACCUUAGCGACCUGUUGGUACUGCACAUGGGUGUGCCUUGUGUUUUGUAUCUCUACCUCCUAUACCUGUGUACUCGUAUGGCCACUGCAGGUGGGACACGCGGCACUUACUGCGUGCUGCUCCCUUACUUAUUAUGCUUCAUCUGGUGUGAGCUAGCCGUCACACUACUGCAAGAGUCCACAGCGUUGGGACUAAUGCGCACCGCUGUGGGCUACCUCCUUUUUUUCUUUGCUUUGCCCGUGCUGUCACUGGCUCUUGCCGCUGUAAUGCUGGUGCAAUUGGUGCAGUGGUUCCUUGCUCUGGAACUGGCCAAAAUGGCUUUAACCGUGUGCGUUUGCAUGCUGCCUGUCCUACUGCGCUGGUGGACACGUUUUAGCGUGUCGCCACUAGCGGUGUUGCGCUCUUUGCAGCGUAGCAGUGUGGUCAAGUUGAUCCUCGUUUGGAUUUCAGCCCUGGUGCUUUUCAGCUGGUUUUAUGUGUACCGUUCAGAGGGAAUGAAGGUAUACAACUCGACUCUGACUUGGCACCAGUACAGCGACCUCUGCGGCCCUCGUGCCUGGAAGGAGCGUAACAUGGCACACACCCAGAUCCUCUGCAGCCACUUGGAGGGUCACCACGUUACGUGGGAGGGCCGGUUUAAGUAUGUUCGCGUCACUGAGAUUGAGAACGGCGCACAAGCUGUUAUUAAUCUCCUACCGGUCUUUAUAGCGGACUGGGCUCGCUGUCUUUAUGGAGAGGAGUAUCCUGCCUGUGACACAAGCCUGCCGGGGCCCAUGGAGCCAUUAUGCCAGCUCAAGACACUCGCAAAGCAUAAGUGCCAUGUACAACGUUUCGACCACUACAAGUUUGAAGUGACUAUGGGGAUGCCGCAGGAGAAGAAGGGGCGAAACGGAGGGCAAGAUAUCGACGAUGCAACCAAAGACAUUGUGCUGCGGGCUAGCAACGAAUUCCGUGGUGUUUUGCUGGAACUCAGCUCAGGCAGUGUGGUGGAGUUUAGUACAGUACUUGAAGGCAGACUGGGCAGCAAAUGGCCAGUGUUUGAGCUCAAAGCGCUACACUGCAAGACAUGCGUCUCACCACUUGUACCAAUACGAAGACAGGUCAAGAUCGAGCAGGACUGGAGGGUUAAUGCUAGAAAUGCCUUGGCGUUUGCCUUCAAUUUCUUGUUUCACCCCCUGCUUUCAGUUGAGGUGGAUGUUGAUGUAGCUACUACAGAAGUGUCUGUAUGAAGCUAGUUAUCCGAUUAACCAAGUUCAUCCUUGGCAUACGCUGCAGUAUAAAACUAAAUCCGAAGUGCAGGGAGACUGUCAAGAUUUGGUCAAGUGCUUUUAAUGAAAGCGCUAUCAAAAAAGGCGUUAUCAUCUUGUUUUGUGUGUUUCAUGUAUGAAAGCCAAUAAAUAAGCAAGACUGUCCUUCAGUAGCUGCUAUGAGAACCAAAUGAACAGAUAUCACUACAAUCCCUGAACUGUCACAACACUGAUUCAACAGUUUUCAAUAUGAAUCACAUGUAUGGGAAAUUCACAAUCAUAUGCCUUAGUUAUAAGCCAUUUGAUAUGGACUAACUGACUUUUCUACAAUGAAGAAGCUGCACUGGCUUUCCCUCUUUUGUUACAUGAAUAAUAGGGCUUUUAUUCAGCUGAUAUUUAUUAUUACUGUAUAUCUAAUUGAGUUAAUAUUUUGAAAGAUAAUGCAUUAUGACUAGUGUGUGUGCAUUUGUGUGCACUGCAAAAUGAAAAUGUUUUCCAAAGCAGUAUUUUUUUUCUUGCUUUUCAGUAAAAAAUAUCUAAACAUCCUAAAAACAAGAUAUAUUCAUUUGACAAACAAAAUGACAUUAGAUUGUCUUGUUUUCAGAGAAGUCUAACAAACUUGUGUGAACUUUAUACUUUAACACAAUCAAUCUGCCAGUGGGAUAUGAAAAAUAAACCUGUUAUUUCUUUGUAUUAAGUUGAUUUUUCUUACCCCAUUGGCAAAUAGUAAAACCAAAAAAUGUUGUUAGAUUUCUGUGUAAACAAGACUUGGGUAUAGUUCACCCAUAAAUGAAAAUUAUCUAAUCAUUUACUCACCCUCAAGCCAUCCCAGAUGUGUAUGAAUUUCUUUCUUCAGCUGAACACAAACAAAGAUUUUUAGAAGAAUAUCUCAGUUCUGUAAGUACAUACAAUGCAAGUGAAUGGGUACCACAAUUUUGAAGCUCCAAAAUGCAUAUAAAGGCAGCAUAAAAGAAAUCCAGAAGACUGCAGUGGUUAAAUCCAUAUCUUCAGAAGCAAUAUGAUAGGUGUGAGAGAAACAUUUCAAUAUUUAAGUCCUUUUUUACUAUAAAUUACCCUCACUGCCCAGUAGGUGGCGAUAUGCACAAAGAAUGCGAAUUUGCAAAAACAAAUGAAGAAGAAAGUGCAAGUGGAGAAUAAUAGUAAAAAAAAAAGGACAUUGAUCUGUUUCUCACCCACACCUAUCAUAUCGCUUCUGAAGAUAUGGAUUUAGUCACUGGAGUCUUAUAGAUUGCCUUUAUGUCCUUUUGGAACUUCAGAAUGUUGGUACCCAUUCACUUGCAUUGUCAGGACCUACAGGGCUGAAAUAUUCUUCUAAACAUCUUUGUGUUCAGCAGAAGAGAGUAAGUCAUACAUAUGAUGGCAUGAGGGUGAGUAAAUGAUGAGCAAAUUUUGAUUUUUGGGUGAACUAUUCCUUUAAUAUCUUAUGUCAUUUUGCUUGUCAAGUAAAUUUGUCUUGUUUUAAGGACGUUUAGAUAUUUUUACUGGAAAACAUGACAAAAAUACUGAUUUAGAAUAGGGUUUUUUGCAGAGUGUCUGUUUUUGCCUUAGAUUAGCAGCAGUGUCUUUUUAAAGAUGUACUGUAAAUGCAUUUUUUUCAUAAUUUAAGGCAUAUAGAACAAAAAUGAAAAUGAUUCGAUUUUUCUGUGAAAAUGCUGUAUGAUAGAUUUCUUUGACAAGUCUACAGAUCUCCUUUUAUACAUAUAUAUAUAAGGUUGGGAUUAAGUUUGAAUUUUGAGUUAUGAUUUAUAGACUUCUUCACAUGUUUCAAACCUUUGACAUUGCUGAAAAGACAUUGGCUGGCUUGUGACUAUACUGAAGGUACAAUAUGACCACUACGGUACAUUGAACAAUAUUAAAAUAGUAGUGAUUGAA